AUGGCCGCAACAGCAGAUAAACCCAUUUUGCCUUCCAAGGCUGGAACCGGUUCCGCGCCUGGGAACAAUGCGUCUAUACGCCUAGAGAAAGCCAAACCGGGUAUUAGGCGUUCCACGCCAGACUCAGAAGCUUUGACAUCCUCUGACGAUGAGUUUGAACACCUUCAUCAAGUAGCUACUGCUCCCACUGCUCCCGUGACGAAGCCAGUUCGUCGCACAUCUUGGCUCAACGAAGUGCCGCAUAACCUGCCUCGCAAGACUUCGUUGACGACUUCAGGGUCCGUGGUGUCGCCAGGCUCGAUUCCUUCUACGUCUGCAGCCGAUCAGCCCAGCUGGACCACUAACACCAGCCCUAGUUUGAACAGCUCCAUGUCCUGGAAUCACGGAAGCAAUUUUCCUUGGUCCACAGGCAUCUGGACCUCAGAAUCUCGAAAGGAGCCACCACCUCGACUCACUGAACUGAGUCAGUCGCCGACUAUGCCGAACAACUCAGUUACAAGUCCGAUCACAGAGGAGCUUCUGAGCCCGACGGCACGAUCGAUGACUGGUGAUUCUGCUAUUCCGUUUACGAUUCCUCUUCACCCUACUCCAAAGACAUACCGUUCACAGUCUUACUCUGUUGGUCAACUCGAUCCUGAAACGGUCAAUAUGAUGUCCACCAAGGCAAAUAAUCAAUUUAAUGGAUUGCGUGGACGGCCUGGCAACCAACCUGGAGGACUUCAGCACCGCUCUUCUCGGCCCAGUUUGCUAGAAGAUCUCGGGCAUGACCCUGCGCUGCUUGGUCGUGUGCGUGAAGACGACGAUGACGAUGAGGCUAAUUCCAAGGAAUUGAAUGACGCUAAUUCAUACGCUUCCAGUCAAGCACGAAUUGAGCAAUUGACAAGAGAGAAUGCUCUUCUGCGACAAGCUGCACGUUAUGAGGGUGCCCGUAUGAGAGAUCGCGCCGUCUCGUCUACGUCUAUCAAUAGCAAUUACUCUCUCGCCCCGGGCAUGCAUAGCCUACACCGCAUCCAUGGUAGUGUACCGGAAGAGUCUGAUCUUGCAGUGGAGGACUUGGAUGAAGUUGGUGACAUUUCAGGCUACAACGGCCUUCGAAACAGUAAUCGACGAAGGCUAUCUGAACACUCUGCCAACCUUGAAAGACAACUUGCCCCCUUCGGUGGUUCGGUUGAGAACAGACCACUAGAAAGCCUCAAGCGGGCUCACUGGCAGACAUCUCUUGGCUUUGGUAGUAUUGGUGAAAUACCACAGAGUAGACGCCACUCGUUCGCAGAUAUUCCCACCAGACAUGCCUCGAUUGGAUCAAUUGGUGAAAAUCAAUCACAGUUGGGGGUACGACCGGGGCUUAGUGACAGAGAAGAUGGCUUUACCAACGCUCUCGACGAGGCACUCUCUACACCAACGGUCGAAAGUGCUUCAUACUUUUCUUCCAGAGACCCUCUUCGGGCUGGAGAAAUACCCGGAGUGCCUACGUCUUUGCACCAAGCCUACAAUGUGCCUUCGGCGUAUGGUCGACCGCAUUCAGGAUUAGCCCAGCCUCACCAAAACCAGCGCCUGUACAUCGUGACAUUCAAAUGCCACCGCGCAGAUGUCUUUUAUAUCCAGGAAGACACUGGACUUCAAGUCAAUCCUGGUAAUCUUGUGAUUGUCGAGGCAGAUCGCGGUACAGACCUUGGAACCAUCCAGCACGCCAAUGUCACCUGGCAAGAGGCAAAGGAGCUGAAAGAGAAGCUUGCCGAAGAGCAUUAUAAAUGCUUGAUGAUGUUUUCACGCCAGGCUCAAAAUGGGGCAUCCAAUGUGGUCAAUUCAGGUCUAGGAAACCGUAGCGCUGUUGGUGGGAUGGGUCCAACAGGGACUCAUGGAGCGCACGAGCCUCAGUCAACAGAGAUUAAACCAAAAUUGAUCAAGCGACUUGCUCAGAACCAUGAAAUUCUGACUCUGAGAGACAAGGAAGGAAAUGAAGCGAAGGCUAAGCGUGUCUGCCAACAAAAAGUUGUGGAACACAGACUAAACAUGGAGAUUCUCGACGCCGAGUUUCAAAUGGACUGGAAGAAGUUGACCUUCUACUACUUUGCAGACUCGUAUAUAAACUUCAAUUCUUUGGUAACGGACCUCUUCAAGAUCUACAAAACUCGGAUCUGGAUGUCUGCUAUUAACCCAGCCUCUUUUGUUACGCCAUCUACUGGGCUCCAACCUCCAAGUGCAGGUGCUCUAGGCUAUGCCCAGGAAACUGCAUCUGAUCGUCGACACCCUCAUCAAAGUCGCAAUUAUAACGCACCCCAUCUAUCUCCAACACCACCAAACCUUCGUGAUUCCUUAGAAAGAGGCGAAUUUGGCGGUAAUACGUCUAGCAUGCUGCGCAAUUCUUACAUGGACCCGUAUCAAGCAUUGGGAUCCUCCGUUCGGCAACACGAAACAGCUUUUGCUCACGGUGCUGCAUCUCAUGACCCAUUCGCGCCGCCAGCGUUGAAUGGAUACAAUUUCCUAGAGCCUUCGGGCUCAGAUUAUGUCAGAACAACCUCUCAGAGUCAACGAUCUGAUCCCGUCCAAGCAGACUGGCUAGGGAACUUCCAGGGAUUAUCACUCAAUUCCUGA